AUGCAAUCAAUUGGCAGAAGAGCUCAUAUCGUCAAUUUGGACCCAGCAGCCGAACCAACGGAAUACGAAUUUACCGUGGACAUCCGAGACCUUAUUUCCGUCGACGACGCCAUGGACGAAAUGGAUAUGGGCCCAAACGGCGCGUUGGUGUUUUGUUUUGAGUACUUAUUGAAUAAUUUGGACUGGCUCGAUGAGGAAAUUGGUGACUACAACGAUGAGUACUUGAUCUUUGACUGUCCGGGCCAGAUUGAGUUGUAUACGCAUGUUCCGGUGUUGCCGACGGUGGUUAGGCACUUGCAGACGACGUUGAACUUUAAUUUGUGUGCUACAUACCUUUUGGAGGCACCAUUUGUGAUAGACCGGUCCAAGUUCUUUAGCGGGGCGUUGAGCGCCAUGUCGGCGAUGAUUUUGUUGGAGUUGCCGCAUAUCAAUAUUUUGUCAAAGAUUGAUUUGAUAAAGGAUGAGGUUUCGAAGAAACAGUUGAAACAGUUUUUGAAUCCGGAUCCGUUGGUUUUGGAGAAGGAUGCGGAUAAUUUGCUUAAUCCACGGUUUGCCAGGUUGAAUAAGAGCAUUGCGCUGCUUGUGGAUGAUUUUGGCAUGGUGCAGUUUCUUCCGUUGACUUGUUCGAAGGAUACAACGUCUGUGGCGACGAUAUUGAGUUAUAUUGAUGAUGUGACGCAGUGGCUGGAGAACCAGGAGCCGAAGGAGCCGAAUGAUGAGGUGGAGCUCCCAGAAGAUUAA